AACCAUUCUGGAAUUUUACAAUAUCAUUCUAUGGUUUCACAAACAUUUGUCUAAAACGACAAAAGUUGUGUUAAGCUGCCAAGAUUGAAUGUUCUCAACAGUGUACUGAGCAGUCAGUGCUCCUCUCCUGAGCUUUUCCUGACUCUCUGGGCCAUUCCUGUCCUUGUUACUGUUCACUGGAUCCCUGAGAGUCAACAUGAAUCCAAGAACAUCAGAGUUUGUCUUUGGCCAUUGCCUUGAGUGGGGUUCAGUGACCCCCUUAAAUAUUCAGCACCAUCGAGCCUAGAAGUGGAAACACCAACUAUUCCCCCUCCAGGGCAGGUGUGGACAGAGCUCAGGGAUCUUUGCAAGGCACCAACGCCUCCUCUUGCAGAGCACCUGGUAAAUGCCAAACCAAGUGCUUGGCACUGUGUUUUUGAGUAACUAAAUAGACAGUUUGGACUCUGAAAGUGCCAAGCACUCCCAGCUCCCACUGGGAUUGAAUACAUUCAGCACCUCCAGAAUCACUGAAUCACUUUCUUACAGCUGCUCUACCCCAGAGCCAAAGGAAAACAGGCACAGAGCUCCCAGAACUUCCCUUGGAAAAUACCAGCAAUAUAAUUUUCUUAUUCCAUGUGAAGGAGCUAAAGGCCUGUUGGAUGCCUACAGAAAGUGGGACCACCUCCCUUACCCAAUUCUGGAUUGCCCAGACUGUCCUGCAGCAGAGCUUUGCUCUUUUUGUCACUCAAACAACGUUCAGAAUCUCCAUGCAUGUGAAAUUCUCCUCUUCUACCAUCUGAUACUUUCCCAUCUCACAUCACCUACUACAGAAUGAAAUAUUGAGAUGAGAAAAUCAAUGGUGUCCCUCUUUAUUAUCAUUAUCAUAUAUCUUUAUCAUACUUGUCUUAUAAGCAAAAGACUUUCCAAAGGAAUUUCAUGUCAGGUCCCAGGAGCUGGCCAAGGACGUGUAGGACAGGAUGUCUUUGCCAAUCAACACUUAGCUCAAGUUGGUAGGGAAAGUGCACACUGGGUCGUGUGGGUGUGUGUUCCCAGCUCUGUGAUCUCCAUCCCAAGAUGCUCCUAUGAGGUUACUUCUCAAGAAGAUUGUUUCCUCUGGAAGGUGGAGAAACUUGCUGUACCUGUCCAUGUGGUACCCCUUCCUACACACCAGUGAGGGUUGUGUUGUCUUCUCCAAGGAGAGGAGGGCUGCCUGCUAGGUGUCUGGGGUGGGGCUCACUCUAGGGUCUUCUGGAGCCAGAAAGGAUGGAGGUGCUUCUGGACACACCAAGGAAACAUCUCAGACAAAGAAAUGAGGAAGGAGGCUCGUAGAGGUGAUCAGUGUUGAGCAUUAAACAUUCUCCAUCCCCUGACAGAGGCCAAUGUUGUGCUCUUCUCCUUGUGACAGAGACCAUUCUGGUGAGGGACUGAUGUCCUGUGCUUUCAUCUCUGCAGCCACAGGCACAGAGGGAAGUUCUCCCUCCCCUUAAGUACCUCUCACCUCCUGACCUUAAUGACAUUACCUUACAGGCUGCACUGGGCUUGAAGCCCAAGAACUGCUAAGCCUCCUUCCAGGUAAGUAAUCCCAGUUUACAGCAUAUGAACAUCAAAGGGGUUAACCAGGAAGUUUUUGUGUUUCUGUUGUUUAAAAAAAAAAAAUCUGAAACAGUUGUGGAAUUGCUUCUUUUAAUCAAAUGUUGGUUGAAUCAGGUCAUUCCAGCUAUAGGAUUUAAGUGACCUAACAUGGUACAGCUGCAGGAGCCAACACUGAGUCUCUAGUGUUUCUCUGAAAGCCAAAGAGAGGAGGGUGAGUGUGUGGAGGGGGGUGAUGAGUUUCUGAGCAAAAGAGAUCAUUUAAGAUGCAGAAACAGCAAAUUGAGCACGAAACAUUCCAUGGGAUAAAUUCUAUCAAACGAAGGUGUCUGAGAAAAUGGAAACUGAAACCUUAGGCAGGUGUUUCAGUUUCUCAGUGAGAACAUCCAGUGACUACCAAACCUGUUUUGUGAUCACGUUUACAACUAUUCAAAAAUGGUAAUUAAAAAUGUGAUGAUGUCACUCAUGGACUCCAGGGAACAUCCAGAGAUGAGCUGUGCAUUCCUUCAAAUGGGGGACUGUCCUUCUCAGCUCACCUGCCCUGUACUUGCUUUAGAAGUGUAUUGAGAAGGUGACAUUUGCUACUUUCUCCAUAACUCGCCUUUUGUGUAAAUCACCUCAUACCAAGUCUGGACUGGAUGGCAUGUGGGAUCUGUUGUUUCAUGGUGCAGGAAGGUGGGUGUUUGCACAGGGACUCCCCCCAUCCCCAUGCAAUUCAAACUCCUUCCCCUGCCACAGGCCCGUGGUGACAUGACCCACACGGGGCUGGGGUCUCUCUGACGGGCAGCUCCUGACGUGGGUGGUUGAUGGUCCCUGAGGUGUCCCCAGGAGGCCGCUCCAGGGCUGUGUGCUGUGCACAGUUCCCUUUCCCCCUGUGGAACAGCACUGUGACAUUCCUAAACCACUCCCUUUCCCUCCCCACAGCUGACAAGGAGGCUGACGAGUACUACAUGAGGAGGAGGCACCUGCCCGACCUGGCGGCGCGGGGGACGCUCCCCAUCAACGUCAUCAAGAUGUCCCAACAGACCAACCACCGGGACAGGCCCCGCCGCCCCAUCCGGGCCAUGUCCCAGGACAGGGUGCUGUCCCCUGAGAGGAUCAUGCCCGAGGAGUUCAGCAUGUCCUACGAACGGAUCCUCUCAGACGAGCAGCUGCUGUCGGCCGAGCGCCUGCACUCCCAGGACCCGCUGCUGUCCCCGGAGCGCUCGGGGUACCCCGAGCAGUCCAUGUCCCGGGCACUGUCCCACACGGAUGUCUUUGUGUCCACACCCGUCUUGGAUCGCUACAGGAUGUCAAAAAUGCACUCCCAUCCCAGUGCCUCAAAUAACUUGUACAACACUCUGGGGAUGACCCCCACCUCGGCCAAGCGCCAGGCCUUCGCCUCGCGCCGCCACAACACCGUGGAGCAACUGCAUUACAUCCCCGGCCACCACCACCACUAUCGCACGGCCAGCAAGACUGAGGUGACUGUGUGAUAGGACCUCGGGCCUUGUACAUACUCUGUAAGGACUGGGGGUGGCCACAGCACCCCACACUGCAGUGGCCUUAUAGGCCAAGGUAACCUCUACUAACUCAGUGUCUGCAAAGACUUCUCUGACAGUCCCAUCCAUGUUGUUUUUAAAGCCACCCCUCCAUCGGUGACAUGAGAAGAACCCAAGCAAGCCAACAGACAAUAGUGAGGGAUAAUAGAGGAAAUUUUCCUGAUGUGCAUCAGUUUCUGUCAAAGAAAGCCAUAGUAAUCGAUGGCUCCUUCCAAGGGCUCACCUGCAUCAUCUCAUUGUUCCCAUGAAUUUAGGACUUUUCCGUUGCUCCAGGUAGAAGCAGUCCCAUGCAGCCCGAGGUAGAGAGGAGGAAACACAGCACCCCAUCCUGUCAGGAAGGGGCUUGUCCUCAUAUUUGGUCUUUCUGUAGCAAGGAGGGAAGUUCUGGCUGCUGGGGGGUCACCCCCAGGCUGCUCGACACCAGUCAGCACCCACGCAUCUGUUCCUUGUCACCCUUGGAGCAAGUUCAAGGGCAGACUUUCCUUGGGGACUGGCAGAUCUAGGGACAAGAAUAGCCUGGCUGAGAAAUAAACUUUUAGUAUAUAUUAAAUAUACUCAUAAGAUACAAACAUACUAGUGCCUACAAAUCGCCUGCUCUCUCAGUGUAGGAAGUAGUGGGGUUGAUGUGUUCAAUAAGCACAAAUACGCUGAAAUGCUUGUUUCCCUUUCCUCCACUCAUCACUCUAAUAUCUUGGUGUCUCCAACAUGUAAAUAGGAAGGAGGAAUAGGGUUUCUCUUCCUCCAGCUUCUUGCCACUGCUGAACCUAAAGCACCAGAGUUUGUUCAGCUUCACCCUGCUGAGCCGUGCUGGGGAGGUCCCAACUGCACCGAGAGCCCUGCAAGGCCAGGCUUCCACCCCUGCCCCCGAGCCUGGAUCUCUCCUCAGAAUCUUUUCCUGACAGCAUUUUCCACUGGCCCAGGUCCCCUGUUUCUGAACACAUUUUCUCCUCUCAGUUACAACCCAGAACUCCUUAUGUAGCAAAUCUUUCCCCAGCCCUCAGCAGAAGCACAAGACUGGGGGUGUCUCUGCCCAAAAGCAGGUCGGUAACUUUCCAUGAUUUUCUCUCCAUGUGAUGGCCUCCCAAGAAAACCUUCCAAAUUCCAAUUCCACUGAGUACCAAUCCUAACCAUGAAGACAGUUACAUUUCAUGCAUAUAAAUUAUAUAUCCAGCAUAAUUAUAAUUAAUGGGCAUGUUGUAUAUCUGAUAUAAUGCUAAUUAGAUACUGUAUAUUUGUAAAAUCUUUAAAACAGAGACUCGUGGGUCCAGAAUUUGUGAGGGUUUUAUCCUUGGCUUUCCAGCCAGAUUGGGCUUUGCUUUGGUUUUUUUUUUGUUUUGGUUUUGGUUUGGUUUUGGUUUGUUGUUGUUGUUGGAUUUGGGUUUGGUUUUGCUUUAUUAUUUUUUUCCCUUUUAUUUGUGUUCCUAUCAAAUUCUGUAGAACUAACUCACAUCAGAACACACUUCUGUGACCGGGAAAGGGUCUCAGAGGUUUGGAAGGCCAGCCAGACCCAGUGCUGUAACUCCUGGUGCUGGACCCUGUCCAUGGUGUGCCCUGGGGGUCCCACCACAUGCUGUCCACGCUGCCCGUCCCACCGGCAGCCACGCUCCCUCCUCUGGGUGACAUGACUGAUUCAGGCUGUAAGAACAUUCCUGGACACUUCUCCUCAUGUCCUACAUUUCCAAUUAAAUCUUUUCCUACAUUAAACCUCACUGAACUCAGCUCUGCCCUGGUCCCUCCCCUCAAAUACCUCCCACCUCCCGGCCUUAAUGAUGCUCCCAGCUCCACAUGCCAAGUCCUGUAGCAAACAAUGACUGGGAGCUUGAGUCUCCUCUGGAGGUUUAUGAGUCUCCUGUGGAGGUUUCUGAUGCAGCACCAGGUUUGUCAGGGUAGGCAGGAGGAGCACAUGUCCUUAUCCCAGUGGGAUUUAGAGGCAGGCCUUGGUGGGGUGGCCACAUGGGCCUGUUGGUAUGAGUUCCAGAGCUUUAUUCUGCCCCAUCAGAUGGAGACCGUGCUGAGAAGGAUCCAUCAGUGAGAGGUGCUGGGGCUUUGUUUGACGGAAACUGAGCUGGGAAGGAAUAAAUAACAGUCUCCAUGGUUCAGAUUUGGCAAAAUCAUUCUGGGCAACAACCAGAACUGUCUGUGGAUCAGAGUGGCAGUUCAUGGCAUGGGAGGGAUGAGAGAGAAAAGGCUCACACCUCCUCUCCUGACCCUUCCCCUGAGGGACACCACUCUCCCCUGACUACCUCCAAGCUCCUCAGCUCAGUCACUGGAUAUUUCCUCCCAGAAGACAAUCCCUGGGACAAUAUUGCCCUGUGCUGACCUUCCCACAGACCAGUUUGUGACUCUUGUGAGGGCAAGAGACACUAAGAGGGCUGAUGGGGAGUCAGUCCCUGAUUAGGUUCUGGGGCUCUUCCUUUCACUCUUGGCCUAAGAAAGGCCAGGAUUUCCCCUUUUCAGGCAGGGAGACAUGAACACUGUGGGAGAGGAGAGGCCACCCCAGAGUCUGCGGGAGCUGUGGUGGCAGAGCCAGAGGAGCAGAGGUGGCAGUGUGAGGCCAUGGGUAGGUGAACACUCCUCUCUUUCCAUUCCCAUAGCUGUCUGUCUCAAGCUCUAGUCCUUGUCUAAAUGUUCCAUUUAUGAGCUAAGAAGUUGCUGGACCAGAUGCAGAUUUGGGAAUUUUUCCCUCAAGCAGCCCAUGCAGAUGCUGAACUGUGCCCGUGUCAUUUGACCUCGGUGUCUUCUCUUAUUCUGCUUGGCAAAUAUCACCAAGCCCUCUGCCAAUUGUCCUAUCUGGGCAACAACCCUCCAAAGAAAAUUAAGCCCCAUUUCCUUGUCUUUUCCACCCACUCAACUGUUUUAAGCAGAUGUGUCCCACCCUUUUUGGGCUAAAUCUCUUCAGGGACUCUGCCACCACCACAGAAAGUUUUCAGCAAAUUUUCUUGGGAAGGAAUAAUGCCCUUGAUACCAGUGGGGCACACUGUGCUCCCAUGGCUUGCUUUGUGUGCUGGGCUGGGUUGGGAGAUGGGGCAGUGAUGUUCCAGCACACACAGGUGUUCUUUGGUUAUUUUUUUUCCUUAUUCCUCACUCUGGGAGUUUGUCACUGAACAAAUACUUGCUCUGGGACCGGGUGUCGUGUCCCACAGCCUGAUCCCAGCACUUCAGUUCCCUGUGAUGAUAAUGGGAACACCUUCCAAUUCCACAGAGGCUUCAGACCAUGGUGUGAAGGGCUUUGAGACCCUCUCACAGCAGAAACUGUAGAGCAGCAAAGUGUUUUUAUGACUAUUGUUUGUCAUUGUCCUGACACAUCGUGUGUGAUGUGUUACAAUCCUGUCUGCCCAGAAAGGGAGUGCUGGGGUGGGCAGAUGCCGCAUCCCAGAUUUCCCAUUGCUCUCUUUCUGGCCAGGGUCCCUGGGAGGCACAGCUCCAAGGGGUGAUGCCACCUGCACUGGGACCUCUCUGCUUUCUCCUCCUCAUGUCUGAGUCACCACGACAUCCUGCACUCAGGAGAAAGGCAGGAAGCAGCCACAUUCCUCUGUACAGUGAAAUAGAAUCUGCCUUGAUUAAUCCAAUAUACUCUGAAGAAUUGAGCUUUUUCUUCAACCCACAGGUGGAAACACCCCUGUGGAGUGUCCAGUUCCCUGAGUGCAUGUGCAGGGACCAGGAGACGGGGUAUAGAAAAGUUUAUAUUAUUUCCUAAAAACUGAUCAUUAUUUGCAUUCCCUGAGCAGCAACAAAACCCAGUGCUCUGCACUGGGAUUUAUACACAAUUCUCAUGUGUGUGUAUGUAUAUGGACACAAAUAUAUAUACACAUACACACUGCAAAAUGCAAUCAGUAAUUCUGACUGACCCUGUAUCAAUGUAAGCUUCAAACUACAUCAAAUCACUCUUUGAAAUGUGGCAAUCUACUUUUAAUGAACGACACAGAGCACCACAUGGAACAGAAUUUUGACAUAAAAAGUCUUCUAAUGCCAGUGACUCAUGUUUUAAGGAAAAAUGAAAUAUUUUUCAAUGUUUUAACGUUCCUUUUAUAAAUGAUGAUCUGUUAUUUGGAUAUGGGAGUGGGUGGGAAGAAACAGGGACAGUUUUCUGGUAGUAAGCUCUCCUUUCCUGGCCUAGAUUUCAUUUCUGUCUGCUGUUCUGGAACCUGGCUGGCUACAAAGCUGGUCCCAUGAACCUGGGCUUCCUGCAUGCAUCUUUCUGUUCCUGUAUCCAUCAGAGGCAUUCCCACCAGGAAUCUGCAAGAAACUGGUAUGUUUUUUGUAAGAGAUGGACAGUUCCUGGGAGCUGGGACAUGUCUUCACCUUCUUCCACCACUGCAACCAAACUCAUCAUGAAACAGGGUAACUUUAAUUGUGUUUGAAAUAUGUGUUCUACUUUGUGAUCAAUUUAUCAUCUUCAGUUCAUGUGAUGGAGAAACAGCUUGUGUUGGUUUUAUUUCAGAUUUAGUGUUCAUGUGGAAGGAGGGACUCUGCUGAAAUAUAUCUCACACGUACAGGUCUCGUGUCGGGGUAUAUUUCCAAUGAGUGAAAAGUAAGGGGAAUAUGUGAGAAAGGGGCUGAAAUAUUUUCAUACCAAGUGUUGUAGCAAUAAGGCUGUGCUGGGGCUGCUCCUCAAAGAGCAGCCACUUUGUGCUGUCUGCCAACAGACGGGAGAAGGGAUCAUUCCCAGUUCCCAGAGUCGGCUCUUGGGGUGCCCUCACCAAAACCCAGCUGAGAAAGCCCCUGUGGCAGCCCAGGGGUGAGGGGAGAGCUGCAGGGUCCCUUUGGGGCGUGGUGGUGUCGAUGUGAACGAGUUCUGUGCCCUCAGCACCCCCUGUCUCCAUGGCCACACGAUGUCCGGGAGGUCUCCAUCCCACUGCCCCCCUGACCCUCUGCCCCCUGUGCCCCCCUGCCAACCCCUGAGACAUUUUUGUAGCAAGAAUUUCUUGGCUCUGAGAAAGACACUUCUUACUGUAAUAUUUUUAGUUUCGGGGGACAAUAUUUCCUAAGAGGGGUUAAGUGGAUAUUUUUGUGCUUUAGCCCAGUUUAUGGAUUCCAUGUUUAUUAUACAGUAGUACUGAAGAGGAAGUACAUUUGUAUCUGUAAUUUGCACAGACUCUUGGUUAACCAUUAAACAAGCUUCAAGAUGAGCAGUAUUUGACUGUUUUUCUCUGUAUUAUUCUUGUUGUUAUACUUACCUGUAAAAGCACAUUCUGUAUGUACUGUAAACAAAAAUAUUAUCAGUUUAGUAAAAUUUAGAGUCUUAAGGAUUUUUCCACUUUUGUCAGUAACAAAUAUUUAUGGAUUAAAAAAUAAAGGCAAUUUCAACAUA